AUGGCAGGACUCAAGAAUGCGGCGGUGGCAUCGGUCCUUUUUAACAAAGCGAAGCGCAAGCUUGUCGCCAUUCAAGCCAACGGUGCUAGCCCUGCGAAAAAUGCCGCCAGCCCUGAAAAAGUGACCAAACGUACUACCGCUCGCAAGAAUACUGGCAAAACUAAAGUCAAGGCUGUUGAAGAUCCCUCUGUUGCUGCUUACCCCAUUUCUCCUGGUUCCACCGAGACUGUGACAGCUGAAGAAGCCCCCGCGAAAAAACGCGGGAAACGUGCUGCUACCGCUAAGAAGGUUAAGGCUGAAGAAGUCAAUCCUAAGAUUGAGGACGAACCGAUUGAUCUCAUCAAUGAUUCCAUCAAGCUUGAGGAUGGUGAAGGGUACGACGGGAUGCUUGGCAGCUUUGGAGAAAGUGUUAUUGACGCUACCGUGUAUACCGCUGCUGGGGCACCUCUCAAGAAUGAGCUUCUUGAAUGA